AAUACAAAUACAUAAAAAUUACUAGCCCUUUUGCACGAUCCAACUCAGCAACGCUUUCCCUCUCUCGCGCCGUCGGUCUCUUCCACUUCCUCACCUUCCGCCGCAACACAACCGUACUCCCACCCUCGCGUCGCUCCUCACGGCUCCAUCGUUCUCAGUUUACAGAAUUUCAGUCACAGGAAAUAAACUGUGAGCGCGUAUUGUUUCAUUUCUACUACAAUGGAAACCCUAGAAUCAGAACCAUCGUCUCCUUCAACAACCAUUCAUUCCAAACCUCUAAUCUCUUCUCCACUUCCCUCCUCAAUGCUCAGACUCUGGAGACAAGCUGCCCAGCGCAAUCUGAGGAACCAGUGGUCACAAUUGGCAUUGCUUAAGGAUCAAUGGUCCGAUAUUUCUACCACCGCAAGAUCUUAUGCUUCAUCUCUCGUCAAUGCUCAUCUUUCUCAAAGGUACUUGCCUGAUAUGAAGUUGGGUGUUUUGAGCAAUAUGUCUGGUAUAAGAAAGAGAGCUUGUUUUAAACUAUUCAACCAGCAGAAACUUCAGAGGAGCCAAUUAUUGCAGUCUUAUAAGGACAUGGUGGGCGUUGUAAGUAAAAUGGUCAAUGUUAGCAGAUCAAUGAAGUGUUUUUUCAGAAGAUCAAACAAUAGUUCACUGUUACAAUUUUCCCAUUACUAUAAAGACCAGAGUGACUCUGGAGAUAGUGGAGAUGGUGGUGGAGUUCCAGUAUUCGCAUUCUUCUCAAUCUCUUCGCAUGAGAAAUUGGUGGAGGAGCUGGUUCAGAUGUUCAGAUUGGAACUGUGUUUGAAGCGCCUACUUGUUCUUGAAUUUAUGUUCAUUGGUGAUGAUGCUUCACAAGUAAACCAGCUGCAUUGGUCGUCUCAGAUUUAUGUUGAUGAAUUCAAAGAUUUGAAUGACUGCAAUAUGUUUUGUGAGGUGACUUGUGGACCAGUUCCACCAAGAUUGAGGGAGGGGAAAUCUGACAUGGGUACUUUAAGAUUCAGCAGCCAACCUAACCCGGAGGUCUUACAGGUUUAUUUAACAACGUGGCUUGCAGGGGUGAACAUAAACACUUCCAGGGUGAAUGAAAUAUUUGAAGUUAUUGGGGAGGAAAUGCACGUUAGCAUAGGUUAAAUGAUCUUAUGAGCAUGUUAUUGGAGUUAGAUUAAGUGGUUACACCUCAAUGGCUCUUUUCAAACAUUGUCGAGAUUUAGAAAGAAGUCAAAGAAAUGGAAAGAGAUGUUCUUUGGUUGCUGUUGCAGAGUUGUUGUAAAAGGAUUACCAACUCAUGGAGAUAGGUAGGUUUAGUGUGCUAAGUUUAGGGUUUUUGCUAUGUGAAUAAAUUUUGUUCAAAGGUAAACUUAGCACGAUGGGUGUCUGCAUGGAUACAAAACUGAUUUCUUAUAUGCCGUGUCUGUCAUGACCUUGAGGAAAGAUUAGAAUUUUAUUUUUCAUGAGAAAUCAAA